AUGUCUCAAUUAAAAAACUCAAAGAAAUUUAAAUGGGCUUUGGACUUCAAUCCUAAAUCACGCUCGCAAACAACGGAAUUACCUUCGCCACCAGGGUACAGUCAAUCCACUAGUGCAAAUUAUGUAGAAACCUCUAAGGACUCUGACUCACAGCUUCUCUUGAUAAAAAAAUUGUGGGAUGUUGCUUUAGGCCCGCUCAAACAAGUACCAAUGAACCUCUUUAUUAUGUACAUGGCAGGAAAUUCAAUUUCGAUUUUCCCUAUCAUGAUGGUGGGAAUGUUAAUUGUACGUCCUAUAAAGGCACUGUUUACUACACAAAGUACAUUCAAAAUGGUAGAAGGAACACAGGCUGUAGGACAAAAGUUUGUUUAUAUAAUUGGUAAUAUAGUUAAUAUAUUUUUAGCAUUGUAUAAGUUUCAAAGUAUGGGUUUGCUUCCAACACAUUCUAGCGACUGGUUAGCAUUUGAAGAACCAUUAACUCGAAUGGAACAUAUUGGAGGUGGUUUAUCUAUGUUAUAA